GAGGGGCACCAUGAACGUCGCAUGCGGCUUGCUGACGCUUUUGCUUGUCGCGUGGCGGGCCGAGUCGCGCUGCUCGCCAACUUCUUACUACAAAAACUGCUGGAUUCGGAGUUUCCCUGGAAUCGUCGUGGACACGAAGGCCUCCGAGAAACGAGGGGCUCGGUUGCUCAGGUCUUACCGGGAGGAAGGCGCGCUGACAUGCAGCCGCAGUUGCUGCUUAACGACAAAUGCGUCCUGUAACGUGGCGGUGUUUCACUUCGACGCCACGACAAACAACUGUUGCCACUUGCACUGUCCAACUUUGGAGAGUUGCCUCAUCAGCCACAGCGCUGUUGCUGUCCUCUACAACGUCACUCUUGGUGUGGAUCCUGACUUGUUGGUGUUUGGCAAACACCUCGCGUCCAACAUCCGCGUGGGUCGCGUCAACUCUUCUGAACUGCUUCCCUUGGACAAGCGACAAUUUUUCCAUCCACCCCCACCUGUUGCCACCAUGAAACCAACCAGCACCCCAAAGACCACCAGGAGACCCUCAACAGUCACCCCGAAACCUCUUUCAUCAUCUGCCACCACGUUCCAGUCAAGCGUACCUCCUCCAUCCAGUUUAGCUUCAACACCUACUUUCCUCUCCACAAUCACCACCACCUGUCCUCUGACUUCUUCAACGUCCACGGGCGGCAUCAACAGCAGCGAUCUGAUGUCGGUCAAAGAGCCAGGCGAGAACAACUCCACCACCCAAACGUGGAUUCGAGACCGAGGCACCAACAAUCCGAGCAACCAAACACCGGUUAAAAAUGGAGCCAAAAACGAGCCGAGCACCAAGAGGUCAUUUCAAACGGCAGACAUCGAUGAUCCAAGCACCCACACAUCAUUCGAAGACAAAAACAACAAGUCAAGCGCUCCGACGACAUUUCAAGAGUCAGACACCGAGGAUCCAAGCACUCAGACCUCAGUUCGACAGCGAGUUUCAACUCCGGACGGAGAGGACACCUCGGCGGAUUUGGGACCCGGGUAUCACAGCCUGCCCGUGGUGCUGGUCACCUGUGUGGCGGCAUUGCUGGGCUGUUUGAUUUGGCUGGUUGCAAGCCGGAGGGCAAAGAGGAGGAGGAUGGAAUGCCAUCGUGCGUCCGGGACAAGAGAGACCAUGCGUCUGAUCAAGUAUGAUCCGAAGGUUUGAAGGCGGGUCUGAUCUGGAGGGCUGUAUUUAGUCGCAAAUCAAGCCAUCUUUUUAUUUUGGUGAAAGGACGCAAAAUUACAUAAAUACAUCAGAUGGUGUUGGAGACAUUGCAACAAAGUGAUAUAUUUGCUCUCUGUUGCAACUUGUUACAUCUUGAGCACUUUCUUGACGGCCUCUUUGUACUGCAGCACUGCGCUCUCGCUGUCGCCUUGGUUCUUCAGUCUGCUUACCGAGUCCUUGUACU